UAAGACUUCUCCUCUGCUGCCCAAGCGCUAUGGUGCAGGGAUAACUGCGUCUUCAGUCAAACCAAAGCAGGCUCUACAAAGAGAAGGCUGACUCUAGACAGGUGGUAUAAAUACGAUAGUAUAGUAACUGGCCAACUGCUUCUUGUGCUUAUACUUUUGAUUUUUGUUGUGCCUUUGACUCUAUUGUAUAUUUUAGAACUUGAUUGUUUAAAUUUUGAAAACUGUUAAUGUUUUAACUAUGUUAAAGAUACUGUACCUUUUUAAAAUGCAAAAAAAACCUAUAAGGUGGGAUUUAAGUCUUCUUCUGGGUGAAUUAACUAACUGGUAGACUUCAGUUUUUAUCAUAUCUGUGUGUGUUGUUUAAUCCAACAUUUUAAAAUACUUGAGUAGAAGGUCUUCAGUUUGGAAUUAAGUACAGCAGUGACACUGGACAUUUUCCCUACUUCCAGAUUACACAAUACAAUUGCAUUCAGAAUUCACAUGUGAAGUAAGACUACUAGGCACCAAUUUCCUUUUUUGUUCGGGAUGCAGAGAAAUAACUUUUAGAGCAAUUCCCUAACCAUUCAUUGCUUCCAGUACCUGGAAAGUCAUGGGUAUCCACUAUAACUACUGUUUGAAGUGCAGUGGUUUUAGAGCACAACUGUAAAGCUGAAGUAAUAUGACAAAUGUUUAAUUCUACAUGCCCCCAAACUCAGAGCCCAAAGGCCAGCUGCACAAUUAGCAAGAUAGUUUUUAACAGUUUGGGAAAGGAAGCCUAAUCAUCCUUCAUACCUUGUGAAUACUACUUCUCUCACUGCACUUCAUUUCACAAAAACUUUCUCUGAUCUCCUUCAAAGUGUCUUCUCCAUAGCAAAAACCAGUGCUAGAACAGCAUGACUUAGUUUAAGCUUUCCUCAUGAGCAAGGUGAAGGAGAGUCAAGACUAAGCCUUUAGCUUGCCACUUUUUUCCCAGUGAUCAGUCAAUCCCCAUGUGUUAGAAGUGAACUAUCUGGUAAAGGACUAAAACGUAGAUGGGAAUGAGAUUCAUGAGCACCUCCUCUUUCUGUAAACUGGUUUUAAAUGGGCUGUGGGCUCUGGUUUGGGCAUCCCCACGAUCAAUUUCAAACUCUUCUCAGAAAGCUUGUAUAACUAUAUGGUGGCCUUUGUCCUGGGUGGUUUUCUCUCUUGCCCACCUGACGUGCUGCUUGAAAGAAAUAUUUCUUUAAAAGUUAUACCUUUAAGCAUUUUAUUUGUUUUGCUGACAAAAUCAGAUGCAAGUACUUUGAAAAUACAAACUUCCUUGAGUAUUUAAAAUCAAAAUCUUUUAAAGUAUGUGUUUACUGUUGUGGAAUAUGUGCAAUAUUUUACAGUUGUCUCAUUCUGUGAAUAUUCAUUUUAAGAAACCUUGUUGAAAUGGGACAUUUGGAAACGAUACUGUCAUAUGCCAGAAGAGGAGAUCUGUUUGAAUACUGAACCGUCCUCUGCACAGAUGUUCCCAAAUACCUGGAUUUCUUCCACGACAAGCUUUUUGUAUCACAAAUGGAUUCUCUCUUGGAUGCUGCCUUACUAAUGGAAAAUGGACAGGUUCCAAAAACUUUCCAGUGGCAAUGGGAAUUACAUGAAUGACAGUCUACGAACAGAUGUCUUUGUAAGAUUCCAGCCAGAAAGUAUUGCCUGUGCCUGUAUCUACCUUGCAGCUAGAACAUUGGAGAUCCCACUUCCUAAUCGUCCUCACUGGUUUCUGCUGUUUGGAGCAACAGAGGAGGAAAUUCAAGGGAUUUGUAUAAAAAUCCUGCAGCUAUAUACUCGGAAAAAGGUUGACUUGUCUUAUUUGGAAAGCAAAGUAGAAAAGAAAAAACUAGCCAUUGAAGAGGCAAAAGCACUAGCUAAAGGUCUGCUACCUGACAAGACUCCCAAUUUGGAGAACACGUCAGGGUUUUCCCCUGUUCCUAAAAAUGAGUCUCCAAAAGACGGUAAAGGAAAUAAACCUUCCCCACUUGCUGUGCAGGCGAUGAAGAAUGCCAAAAGAAAAAUGGAUGGAACAAAAAGAAUGAAUUCCAACAGCCCAGUGAAUGGCAUUCCGAAAGGAAGGGAGAGCAGAAGUGGAAGCCGAAGUCGAGAGCAGAGUUAUUCAAGAUCACCAUCUAGAUCAGCAUCUCCUAAGCGCAGAAAAAGUGAAAGCUACUCAACAUCAAGUGGUUCCAAAUCCCACAGCCGCUCCAGGAGUCGCAGUGAUUCUCCCCCAAGACAGUUCAACCAUAGUGCUAGUUACAAAGGCUCUAAAAUGAGGAGUUACAAAAAGUCAAAGGACUACAAAUACUCGACACACAAACCAAGGAAGUCCCGCAGCAGGAGCUCAUCACGUUCCCGGAGCCACUCACGAGAGCGUUCUGAUCAUUCUGGGAAGUACAAGAAGAAAAGUCACUACUACAGAGAGAGGCAUGAGCGUUCCCACUCCUAUGAGCGUACAGGUCAUCGUUAUGACCGAGACCACCCUGGCCACAGCAGACACAGGAGAUGAGCACUACAAAGGGUUCUCUUCUGUGCUUUGGGAUUCAAAGUGGAGCCCGGUUUCCCCCAUUUCCUCAUGCAGCAUAGGGUUAGCCUGGGUCUAAACGACUUAGCAUCAGUAAUCUUUUCUAACCCUGUGCUAGUUAGCAUGAAUCCAAAUACACAGACAGACAUGAUGAUGUGGAAGACUUGAUCUGGUAGAUGGCUUAGUUGUUCUGCUGCUGGAACUUCUCUUAGGAACAUCGAAGAGCCUCUAUGUUGUAGUGGCUGCUCCUAUGCCUGCUCUUUGGUAAUAGGUAGAUUUGCAUACUGUAGUGCACUGGGGUUAGUAUAUUUCUGGAUUUGGAGUACUGACAGCACCAAUUUCCUUGCUCAGCAAUUAGAGAACUCUGCUGAAUCAGCCCUUCCUGAUGAAAUGUUUUGAGCUUUCUUCUUCUAGUUCCAUGAAAACCAUUAGUGGCUUGGUGCUAACAAAGCUGUGGCUUCAUACUGACUCAAUUAUGUUGUACAAAUGCAAGGUGAUAUUUCUAGAACUGAUGCCUAUAUUAGGUUACACUUGUAUAUAUUUUGCAGUGUUUAACAAUACAAUAUGGGAAUAUGGCCUUAUUAGCCCUUACACUUUCUCCACUGUGUAAAUAAGCAUUUGUUUAAUACAAGUGAAAGCUAUAUACUGAAACGUCAAAACUUGAAUUCUAUCAAUUUAAGAUUUGUGUAGAGAAUUCUGAUAAAUGUGAAAGUAUUUAGCUCUGUGUAUUGAAAGUAGUAUAUUUUUAUCUGUGCAAUGCUGUGUGCAGGCCACCAGCUCAUAGAGAAGUUUCAUAUAUAUAUAUAUACAUUUUAUGUGUUUUGAAUAACUCUAUACUCAGGAUCUUUGACACUCUGAAGAAUUGGUAGUUUGUCAAUCUGCUUGCUUGUUUAAAAACAGAAGGUGUGAAAAAACAAAAACAAAAAACAGCUCAAGUCCACAGCUCAGUGGUAUCCGUUUUAGUGGUAUAUCUGAGCUGUUCCUGUGCUCCCUGAUUUCAUUAAAGUAUUUGAUUUUGUAUUUAAACUCA